UAGUUAAGAAAUAAAAAUGAAGAUCGAAUGGGCACCACUUCGGGUUCCUCUGGAGCGUCGUCUCCAGAUAAUGGUUACGGCAUUCUUUACCUCUAUGCUGCCCAUUCUUCUGUCGGUUUCUUUUCUAUUGGUAGCUGGAUCUCUGAUCUAUGGAGGCCUCUUGCUGCGAAGUCUGAUUUUAAUGUACUUGGUUUACGUCUAUGUGCAUCACAAGAACACUCAAUCCGUUGUGGAUGAUAAUGGUUGGAUGAUAACUCGCACUAAUCGGUACCAUCGCUAUUAUCGGGACUACUUUCCCGUGGAGUUGGUUAAGACAGCCGAACUUCCCCCCAACAAGAACUACAUCUUGGCCAGCUUUCCCCAUGGUAUUUUAGGAACUGGCAUUGGUAUCAACAUGGGUGUGGAGAUCUCCAAGUGGCUGGAAUUAUUCCCACAGGUUCGACCAAAGCUGGGUACUUUGGACCAGCACUUCCAUGUACCCUUCAUGCGGGAGGUUAUCCGCUGCUGGGGAUUGGUAUCCGUCUCCAAGGAGGCCCUGAUCCGCAUGCUGAGCAAAUCAAAUGAUCCCAAGCAUGAGGAUAAUCGAGAUGGCUUCACCUCCAAUGCCGUGGCUAUUUUGGUCGGUGGUGCCCAGGAGGCCAUGGACUCGCAUCCUGGCCAGUACAUUUUGACCGUGAAGAGUCGCAAGGGUUUCGUCAAGAUGGCCAUUCGAACGGGGUCUUCUAUUGUGCCAUCGUUUUCCUUUGGUGAGGUGGACAUUUUCGAACAGGUGGCCAAUCCACCGGAUUCCUUACUUCGCCGGUUUCAGAAUUUUGUAAAGAAAAUCACCGGCGUUUCUCCGCUGAUUCCAGUGGGUCGUGGUUUCUUCAACUAUACCUUUGGAUUCCUGCCCUUCCGUCGACGAAUUGUUCAAGUUGUUGGUGCUCCCAUUGAUGUGGUAAAGAGUGAUCAACCCGAUCCUGAGUAUGUGGAAAAUAUUCAUGCACAGGUUAUCGAAGCUCUAGAGAAGUUAUUCAACCAACAUAAGGAUAAAUAUUUGCAGAACUCUGAAAAGGCCAAGCUGGUUAUACAGUAAUUGGAAAACACUUAACGAUUUUAUGAAAAGAAGAGAUUAUAAAGUUGCAUUUUUAGAGAGCUUUAGUUGUAAGACCUUGGAAUGUUAUUUAUUGUUUUAACUAAACCAACUGUAGCUUUGAUGUAAGCAUAAAGCAAUAUUAAUUUAGAAAGAAUAUAUAAAUUAAAUUGAA